AACACAAAGGAGAGGUGUGCACAGAACUGGAACAAACAAGAACCGCACAAGUUCUGAAAAUGCGUCGAUCCAUGGAAGAAGCUUAUGAGGGUUUAGAGACCUGUCUGAGUCAGGGAGUUCAGAAAUCUCAACAAUCCUAUGAAAAAGACAUGAAAAAGGCCAUCUUAGAUCCUAAAGGGAAAAGGGACAAAGGAUUUCACAAGAAGCUGAAGUCUUUAGUUGGGAACGGUGGCAUCUUCAAACCAGCAAAUCAGAAAAGGCAGACCAUAAACAUCAAUGAGAUCUUAGCUUCACACAUGAGAAACUGUAUUGACAGAAAGUUCAAGGAGAUUUUCCCGAACGUCAGGAGCCUUGGAGCCUUCAAAGGAGCCAUCAGUAAGUUCACUCUGCACACAGAGCGCCUGGCGGACAGGUACCAGGACGUCUCGCUGCACCUGAGAUUUCUAAAGUCAGAGGAAGAAAAACUGAAGAUGGAACUGAAUGAUGGCAUCAGAGAGCGUAAGAAAGAAAUCUACAACUCUCUGGAGGAGUCCAUCAGGGCGUCCAUGCAGCCGUGCUACGACGAUGCAGCGCGACACAGCGGGAUAGGCUCCCUGCGAAGGAUGAGGGACACGAUUCAGACCCACCUGCAAGCCUCCAACGGCCGCAUGUUCAACAAGGCGAAGGAGGAUAUGCUGCGCCACCUGAGGAGCCUGAUGGACUGGAUCCAGAAGACAGUGGAGGACAAACUGGAGAAAUCAAUGACACUGUCGCUCAAGACAGACGAUACCUGCAUACCAGAUGUCUCUGACGAGUACGACAAGGUGAGGCGAUUCCACAAGGCGCUGACAGGACGUCCUGGGACAGGAAUGCCGCAGGACAGUGGUGAACCAGUCCGCCCGGGAGCUGCAGGUGGAAUCCACUCUGUGACACCAGCACAGGAAUCCUCGGUGACGACUGGAGACAGUGGCCAGAGAGAGCGCGACUCCGUGGCUCCCCCUGCAGCCAACAGUCGGAGCAGGAGAACGCUGUCCUCUCUGGACGACAUCGCCCAGAGUAAGAGGGGCAAGCCCAGACAGGAAACACCCCAAAUCAUGAUGGAAGAGCUGGGCAACGAGCGGGUCUCGCAGGACGUCCACAGAGGACACGCCACCGUCCAGGGACUGCAGCGCCCCUUUGUGGACAAACUGAGGAACCAACAGCAGCAAGGCAAUAACCAAGCUGCAGCUCCUCGGCCCCGGGAGGAUCAGACUCCGCCUCUGCCAGCGGACAAGAAGCUGCGCGCUGCUCGGACCGCCUUCAUCAACCGGACGUCUAGACCAGUUCUAGAUGCUCUGCUGGAUGAACUCCUGAAGCUGAAGAUUAUAAACAACAGGGAAAUGGAGACAGUCAGAGCGCAACCCAGGACAGAAAAAGCACAAGAGCUGAUUGACAUGGUGAUAAAUAAAGGAGCAGCUGCCAGUUCACUCAUGAUAACCGUCUUCUGUGAGCUGGACCCAUUUCUGUCCACAGAGCUGAAGCUCCUCUGAGGCAGGAAGUUCAGCCGGCUUGCUGCUUCCUGUUCCAGCAGCAGGCUGGAGGUCAGGGAGCUCUUCAUGCCGAGCGCCUCUUUCACAUGUUAGUAAAGGCAGACUGCAUGGCUAGCUUAUAAAAUUGCCUGUAUUUCUUGACAUUAAAAAAUGUUUUUCUUAAAAUUUCUUCCUUAUGUUCUUUCUGUCUUUUCCAUUGUUGUAAGAAGAUAAGCAUUGUUUAUGUUCGGGUUAGGGUUAGUUAAAUGCAUUUUUAAAAUAUCAGCAAUAUCUUCAUCUGAUGAUGAAACUUUAGAUCAGUUUCUUCUUCACCAGACUGGAUUCCUUUAAACCUGGACAACAUUCCUGUGCUUCCAUGUGAUGGUGUUCUUUCCCACUGUGUUCAAGUGAACUGAUCUGAUUAUUAAUGUCAUCAUCAUAAGGGGCAAAUGUUGCAUCCAUUCAUGUAAAUGGAAAAAAAAUGAACAGCAUUUCUUUUUAUUUAGUCCUGGUUUUACAAACUGUGCCCAGUCUUUAAUCGGUUAAUUAUGUCCAUAAAAAGAGGGAAAAUAAUGAUUAAUUUUUCAUGGUUUCCUGUUUUAACGUGAAAUGUUGCUGUGAUGACGUGUCUGAUGUUUGGCUCAAAUAUGAUUUACAUGUCAU